GAUUCCUGAAGAGUAUUAUAUUUCCUUUCUGGUAUUAUCAAAAUACAGAUAUAAGUAUGAAUGCUGAAUAACAUCAGUAUUACAUUUGUUUAUUUCCUAUUUCAAUUACGAAGAAUUUAUAGUGAAUUUUACAAAUUCAUUCAUUUUGUUCUACGUGUUAUACAUGUACUGACUGCUCGAUACAAUGGUCUGGUAAUAAUAGGAACAUUACCUACAAGAUAUUCUAUAACUAGACACUAGACAUAAAAAAAUAACAUCAGUGUUUUAUAUAUAUGUUAUAACUCGUGACGAUAGUUUACGACAGUUAACGACUCCUGACAACACUAAAUUUCGUUCCGUGUUUCCAGACCUAACCAAAAAACUUUCAGUUAUGGUAUUACACGUAAAAAUGCAACCAAAGUUACUCAAUGUAAAUAGAAUACCUGGUCAACCAAAAAAACGCAAGAAAAUUACUCUUGUAUUUGAUGAAAAGAAAAGACGAGAGUUUUUGAAAGGAUUCCAUAAAAGGAAAGUACAACGGCAAAAGAAAGCUCAAGAGGAGCUGCAGCAACAGUUGAAAGAAGAACGAAAAAAAAUUAAACAGGAAGCACGGGAACGUUAUCAGAAUUUGGUAUCAAGCAGAGAUAUUCCAGAAAUUCAACAAUUAUUAUCUCAACAAGAAUACGAAACAGAAGGGCAUACCGUUAGUAUUUUAGAUUUGAACGUUGCAGAUCUUUUAGAGAAAGAUGUGUUUAUUGGCGAGAAUGAAGGUACUAAUGAAACAGAAGAUGAAGAAGAGGAAGAGAAUAAUCAAAAUAUGGAAGAUGAUGAAGAAAUCGUGGGAAUGACAUUAAACAAAAAGAAAGAAGCUAAUAACUCAAAACAAAAUUUAGUAAAUAAACCAAUUAGUAAUAAAAAAGAUAUAAAACGAGAAAUUAAGAGAGCUGCAUUGAAACGUGUACAAAAGAGUAAAGCAUUCCAACAAAAGCAGAAAUUAGAACGCAACAAGAAUAAAAAAGAAAGUAUAAAAAAACAGAAAAGAGUACAGAAAACUCAGAAGCGUAAUGGAAAAUUUAAGAAAAAGUUAAAUCGCUGAAUUUUUUUCAUUUCACAAUUUAUAUACUGUAAAUAAACAUAAUUUAUAAUAAAUA